AUGUCAGUUGAUUACAAUACUCGACCUCAAAGUGACGCUAUAGCCAAGAAGCAAACUGCAAAGCUUACCCAAGUAUUGAUAAAUUUCUUUACAAAAGCAGCUCAAGUUAUACUAGAUUCGAGAGGACUGUUUGAAUCGCAAUCGUUUAAUGAAUCGCCAUAUGGUGACAACAUUGACCAACAAAGUCAAAGAAUCAACAAAUGGUUCAACCUUCAUAUGCUGUCUUUGUAUGGCGCAAGCAAAGAAGAUUUAAAGUUGUGGAAAACAGCCGAUGUGGUGACAAUCCCACCAAUGAUAAUUGAAACGUAUCUUGACUUGAGACAAUUGCCAGCAAAUCAAACAUUGGUGCUAUUUGAUGAUCAAAAACACCCUUGGACUGUGGCAAAUGCAAACGGCAAAAAGCAGGAAGUUGUUUUAGAGCGUUGGCUCAUCGAAUUUGACCAAAGAAUGCCCAGCCAGACAGCUGAUGAGCUACUGACAAUCUACAAACAGGCAAUCAUUUUGUUUAGGACACUAUAUGGUUACUCUAGGUUAAUGCCAGCUUAUAAGUUGAAAAAGAGGAACAUGAAAAAGUUGUCCUUGGGAAACAAGAUCCUCGACGGAAAUCAGCCCAUAAGUUCCAAGGGAAGAAUUGGCUUGUCUAAACCGAUUAUUGAUCUGUCCAAUUUACAGCAAUCACAUACUACGCAAAAAAACUUCACUCCAAUCAAUACUAGCAUGGGUGUGUUGAAAAUUUCAAUAGCAUACAGGAAUCAUUAUGACUUUUGUCUACACGAACACGAGGAGGUACUAUCAGCACAUUUUGGUAAACGCGAUGAGGAUGCCAGGAAAUUAAUGUCUCUUUCACCUUCGUCAUCGUUGACCUCAUCCAAGGGUAACAGUCCACUGUUUACCAAAGGUGAAUCAUUGCCAACGAAAGCUAUUACAAGGGAACCAUACAAAGUUGGGUCACGCGAGAUUUCACCGACUCCGGCACCAAUCAACGCGGGUGUGCAAACUAGCCAGCCCACCACUGUGCAAAACAUUCCCUCCUCAUUGGAGAGAAAAGUUUCAAUCACCAGCAACAAAUCAAUAUCUAAUGCGUCUUUGGCUGCAUUUCUAAGAAAUCCAAGAAGUAGCACGCCAUCCACCAAUGCUGUCCCAAUUGCUGGUAACAACAACAACAGUAAUACGUAUGGUACUUCAAUUCCCAGAUCAGUAAGUUCAUCCACUGGUCAUGAUGAUGGGUUGUUUUCCCACCCUGACAGCAGCAACAACACUCCACGAUUCUCGUCCUCAUUUGGUUCCAGAGCCAGUCGUCGCUUCAGCAACACUAGUAUUCGUCAGCAUACUCCACUGUCUGAUUAUUUUGGUCAUGGUAAUAGUGUUGAUGCGGCAUUGAGUGGGUUAUAUAUGGAUGAAGACAUUAAUGAUUUUGUGCGAAUGAUUGAUAGCAAAUCGGACUUGAAAUUAGGGAGAAGCAACACAGAUGAUUCUGUCAAGACAAGACCAAUUAUUGAGUCAGCUGAUAGCAAUGAUGUGAAUAUAUUGCGUAGAUAUCAACUGUUGAAGGGUAAACAUCAGCAAUUGGGUGAUAGUGUCAAUGCUAGUGUCGUGUUACAAUCAAGACAAAGUAGCCGUAAGAGUUCAUUAAAUUCGCCACCAGGAUCAUUUGACCAAUCCCAAUUGAUCGUGUCGUCAUUGCAAUCAAAAUUGAGAGAAACGUCACCAACAGCUACCAGUAUUGAACCCAACCGGCCGUUGAUUGUAUCACGCGGGAACUCUUCUAAUGCAGCUCAUUCCACGAUUACAAGCCCUCCAAGGCCGACCAACACCAACACCAACACCAACACCAACACCAACACCAACAUUAACGCCAAUACUAACGCCAAUAUUAACACCAACACUAACACAACUGAUACAAGCCAUCAAGAACGAAAAGCUAGCCAGACAAGAUUAUCGUCCAUCCAUUCAGUCCCUUCAAAUAGUGUCAGUAGUGGUACACCUGGAAAUGCAGCAAGUGUAUUACCUUCUAUCAAAAGCAAACCAACAACUGUUGUCACAGGAUUAGCCACUAGCCCCUCAAUUUAUGACUACCGAUCAUCAUUCAAGAUUGAAGAUGCAUCUGAGGAAGAUGCUGCUUUGAGAAGAAAGGCUAGUAAAAAAGAUGAUUGUGAGGAUGAAGAGGACUUGUUGUUCACCAUGAGUGAUAUGAAUUCAAAGUAG